CAAAUUCAAAGCAAAUAGACAUAUAUAGUCACAAAUGGGACAUUCAAGUCCGUUGCCGCAUCUAUCUAUACCGCUAAUAUUUCCUCUCAUUCUUCUGCUUCUCCAUAUCUCGGCUUCAUGGGCAGCCCCAGAUCCAGUCUAUACCUCCUUUGUUCAAUGCUUCUCAGCCCGAACAAAGCAACCAAGCCUAAUCUCCCAGAUUGUUUAUGCUCAAAACAAUCCUUCCUACACAUCCGUCCUACGUGCCUACAUUCGCAAUGCACGGUUCAACACCACGUCCACGCCAAAACCUGUCAUCAUUGUGACCCCAACACAGGAAUCCCACGUCCAAGCCUCCGUGCUUUGCUCCAAGCAAAGUGGCAUUCGUAUCAGAAUCCGCAGCGGUGGCCAUGACUAUGAGGGCGUCUCGUACGUCUCCCAAGAGCCAUAUAUCAUCCUCGAUAUGUUCAACCUUCGAUCGGUUGCAGUCGAUAUGAAAGAACAGACUGCUUGGGUACAAGCCGGCGCCACAAUCGGAGAACUCUACUAUAGAAUAUCAGAGAAGAGCAAAGUGCAUGGCUUUCCGUCGGCGGUUUGUCCCACUGUUGGUGUUGGUGGGAACUUAUGCGGUGGUGGGUACGGUUUCAUGUUGCGGAAAUACGGAACAACGGCGGAUAAUAUCCUCGAUGCGAAAAUGGUGGACGUCAAUGGUAGAAUCCUUGAUAGGAAUUCGAUGGGGGAAGAUCUUUUUUGGGCCCUUAGAGGAGGAGGAGGAGCAAGCUUUGGUGUUAUCCUUGCAUACAAAAUAAAUUUGGUUGCAGUUCCGCCAAAGGUUACAGUUUUCCGGGUUGAGAGGACCUUGGAAGAGAGUGCGACCGACAUUGUUUAUCGAUGGCAACAUGUCGCGCCAAACACGGACGAAAACCUUUUCAUGAGGAUGCUCAUACAACCCGUGACAUCCCCGGUGAAGAAGGGGGAGAUGACAAUCAGAGCUUCGAUUGUCGCAUUAUUUCUUGGUACAGCAGACGAUGUUGUCGCAUUGCUAGGGAAGGAAUUUCCUGAACUAGGUUUGAAGAAGGAAGAUACCAGGGAAAUGAGUUGGAUCGAAUCUAUUGUGUGGGUUUACAAUGGCAACGUGACGUCCCCCAACGUCCUGCUCAAUCGAGAACCUGACUCGGCGACCUUUGGGAAGAGGAAAUCAGAUUAUGUGCAGACCCCGAUUCCAAAAGAUGGGUUGGAAGGGCUAUGGAAGAGGAUGAUUGAGAUUGGAGAGACUGGACUGGCUUUCAAUCCCUAUGGCGGAAAAAUGAGCCAAAUCCCUGCUUCUGCUGUACCAUUUCCACACCGUGCCGGAAAUCUGUUCAAAAUCCAAUACUCCGUAAACUGGAAAGACGGUGGAAUUGAGGCAGAAAAUAAUUUCACAGCUCAGGCAAAGAACCUUUACGGUUACAUGACCCCAUUUGUGUCAAAGAACCCAAGGAGUGCAUUUCUAAACUAUAGAGACCUUGACAUUGGGAUUAAUCACCAUGGUAAUAAUAGCUAUGAAGAAGGGAAGGUUUAUGGAACCAUGUAUUUCCAUGAGAACUUUGAUAGGUUGGUGAAGGUUAAGACUGAAGUUGAUCCAGAGAAUUUCUUCAGAAAUGAGCAGAGCAUCCCACCUCUUCCUCGUAAGGCUUAAGAAAUCUUAUUGUGAAAUUACAUAUUGUUGAGAUUGUCUCGAUGAGAUGGGAGUAUUUCAGUGCCGAAAUAACCUAGUGGUUUGCUACCAUGAGUGGACGGAUGUACAAGAGUUUUCUGUUUUGGUUGUCCGUAGCUAGAAUGUAAAAGAUCUCUUUGC